CGCGCAUGCGCGGCUUGCCUCGACGUGUCUCCGCGUGAAAUCCGCGCAGCCAUUUUGUUCGUGGUUGUAUUGUGACCAGUGAGUGGCCUGUAGGUACUGAGGCGCGGACGUCCUGGUCACAAGAAAUUCUUCGUACCAUCAUGGCUGACGUAAAGAACUAUCUGUACGCUUGGUGUGGGAAGAAGAAGGUUACUCCAAAUUACGACAUCCGUUCAGCCGGAAAUAAGAAUCGACAGAAGUUUGUUUGUGAGGUUCGUGUGGAUGGCUUCAACUACACAGGCAUGGGAAAUUCUUCAAGCAAGAAGGAUGCUCAGAGUAAUGCGGCUCGUGACUUUGUGAACUACUUGGUUAGAAUGGGAGAAAUGAGGAGUGAUGAAGUACCGGCACUCGGGGCUCCACAGGCAGAUGCUACCGAUGGAGGUGAUGGCUUCACAAAUGAAGGAUUUGGUGUCCCGUCUGGAGGACCAUUGCCACCACACUUGGCAAUAAAGGCAGAAGGUGGUGGUGGAGGAGGAGGAGGUGAUGGUGAAGCGCCAUCUUCAGGCUCGCAGUUUUCAGGCAGUUCAGGAUAUGGUCCACAGACUGGUGGUGCAAACUGGGACCGUGGAGCCAAUCUGAAAGACUACUAUGCCAAAAGAGACGAACAGGAUGCUCAAGCGACGCUGGAGUCCGAAGAGGUGGACUUGAAUGCAGGUUUGCAUGGGAACUGGACUCUUGAGAAUGCAAAAGCUCGUCUCAAUCAAUUUUUUCAAAAGGAAAAGUCACAAGCCGAUUAUAAGUACUCCGAAGUAGGGCCGGAUCAUAACAAGAGUUUUUUUGCUGAAAUGAACUUGUAUGUUAAGCAGCUUGGACGCACCAUACAUGCCCGAGAACAUGGAUCUAACAAAAGGUUGGCUGCACAGUCGUGUUCUCUGUCAAUUGUGCGGCAGUUGUAUCACUUGGGGAUCAUAGAAGCAUACUCUGGACAGACCAAAAAGAAGGAAGGUGAAUCGAUUGAACCAUAUGAAGUGAACCUUUCCCCUGAUAUUCAAAAGCAGCUGGCCAGUGUUAUCCAUGAACUUAACCUUGAGCUACCUUAUCCACCCGAGGAUCCUAGCCAUCCAGUGACCCUUAAUCAGGGAAAGUUAGUACAAUUUGAACCUUCUCAGCGGCAGAGCUUAUCUGGUGUGGUACCCUGGUCCCCACCACAAGAGAACUGGAACCCGUGGACCAGCAGCAACAUUGAUGAAGGUCCUCUUGCAUUUGCAACUCAUGAGCAGAUCAGUGCAGACCUGAAGAAUGAGCUGAUGUACCAACUGGAAAAUGAUAAGGACCUGCAGCCAAUUCUGCAGGAGCGAGAAACUCUGCCUGUCAAGAAAUUUGAGCAUGAUAUCAUGAAUGCGAUAAACAACAACUCUGUUGUGAUCAUUCGUGGCGCUACCGGCUGCGGUAAAACCACCCAAGUUCCGCAGUACAUUCUGGACGAGUUUAUUCGCAAUGACCAAGCCGCCCAGUGUAACAUUGUGGUGACCCAGCCCCGUAGAAUCAGUGCUGUGUCUGUGGCCGAGCGAGUUUCUUACGAGAGGGGAGAAGAAAUCGGAAAGAGCUGCGGUUAUAGUGUCCGUUUUGAGUCUGUGCUGCCUCGUCCUCAUGCCAGUGUGAUGUUCUGCACAGUCGGUGUGCUCCUGCGGAAACUGGAAGCUGGAAUCAGAGGAAUUAGUCAUGUGAUUGUGGAUGAAAUACACGAGCGUGAUAUUAAUACUGAUUUCUUGCUUGUGGUACUGCGGGAUGUCAUCCAAGCUUUCCCAGACAUUAGAGUUAUCCUCAUGUCAGCCACCAUAGAUACCAGCAUGUUUUGUGAAUAUUUCUUCAACUGUCCCAUCAUUGAGGUGUUUGGUCGAACAUUUCCUGUGCAAGAGUACUUCUUAGAAGACAGCAUUCAAAUGACUCAGUUCAGACCACCCCCACAGGAAAGAAAGAGGAAAGACAAAGAUGAAGAAGGAGGAGGAGGAGGAGAGGAUGAUGAUACCAAUUGCAAUCUGAUAUGUGGUGAUGGUUACGGCCCCGAGACUCGCCGUUCAAUGUCGCAACUGAGUGAGAAGGAAACUCCCUUAGAACUCAUUGAAGCGCUUUUAAAAUACAUUGAAACCCUGAACGUACCUGGUGCUGUGCUGGUGUUUUUACCUGGCUGGAAUCUAAUUUAUGCCAUGCAGAAGUAUCUCGAGUCGAACCCUCAUUUUGGUAGCAAUCAUUACCGAAUUUUACCACUGCAUUCCCAGAUACCGCGAGAGGAGCAAAGAAAGGCGUUUGACCCUGUUCCAAAUGGUAUAAUCAAGGUUAUUCUGUCCACAAAUAUUGCUGAAACCAGUAUCACUAUAAAUGAUGUGGUUUAUGUCAUAGACUCCUGCAAGCAAAAAGUGAAGCUGUUUACGUCUCACAACAAUAUGACAAAUUAUGCUACUGUCUGGGCUUCCAAAACCAAUCUUGAGCAGAGGAAAGGAAGAGCAGGACGUGUGCGGGCAGGGUUUUGUUUCCACCUGUGCAGUAGGGCACGAUUUGAACGCUUGGAGACUCACCUUACACCAGAAAUAUUCCGUACUCCUUUGCAUGAGGUAGCUCUGAGCAUUAAACUACUACGAUUGGGUGGCAUUGGACAAUUUUUAUCAAAGGCCAUAGAACCUCCCCCGUUGGAUGCGGUCAUAGAAGCUGAGCACACACUGAGGGAGCUUGACGCUUUGGACUCGAAUGAUGAGCUAACUCCGCUAGGAAAAAUAUUGGCUAAAUUGCCAAUUGAGCCACGACUGGGAAAAAUGAUGAUCAUUGGUUGUAUCUUCUAUGUUGGAGAUGCAGUUUGCACAAUUUCUUCUGCCACAUGUUUCCCCGAGCCGUUCAUCAGUGAAGGUCGGAGACUGGGAUAUGUGCAUAGAAACUUUUCUGGUAACCGAUUUUCCGAUCAUGUGGCCCUUCUGUCUGUGUUUCAAGCCUGGGAUGAUGCAAGAAUGGGAGGAGAAGACGCAGAGAUCAGAUUUUGUGAACACAAGCGUCUCAACAUGUCAACCUUGCGCAUGACAUGGGAAGCAAAAGUGCAGCUGAAAGACAUCUUGAUAAAUUCAGGGUUUCCUGAAGAAUGUUUAAUGAAUCAAGUCUUUAAUAACACCGGCCCCGAUAAUAACCUGGAUCUCGUCAUCUCACUGCUGGCAUUUGGGGUUUACCCCAAUGUUUGUUACCACAAGGAAAAACGAAAAAUCCUCACAACCGAGGGGCGCAACGCGCUGAUCCACAAAUCAUCUGUCAACUGCCCCUUCAGCAGCCAAGACAUGAAGUAUCCCUCCCCGUUCUUUGUUUUCGGGGAAAAGAUUCGUACAAGAGCUAUUUCUGCUAAAGUGAUGACCAUGGUGAGCCCCUUACAGCUGCUGCUCUUCGGCUCCAAAAAAGUCAUGUCAGAUGGUCAGAUGAUAAUCUUGGAUGAUUGGAUCAAGCUGUUAAUGCUCCACGAGGAUGCCGCUUCCAUUACUGCCCUGAAAUCUGCAUUGGAAGCUCUUGUUGUAGAAGUUACUAAAGAACCAGAAAUUUUGUCUCAACUGGAUCCGGUCAAUGAGAAGCUGCUGAACAUGAUUCGCUUAUUAUCCAAGCCAUCCACAGCCGGGAUUAAUCUUAUGAUUGGAAAUUCCAGAUAUGGAGAUGGGCCUCGACCACCUAAGAUGGCUCGAUUAGAUGGAGGUUUCCAGGGUAAUCGAGGUGGCGGCGGCUACCGUGGAGGUUCCAACUCAGGAGGUGGCUAUGGAGGCUCUGGAUAUCGGGGAUUCAGAGGUGGAGGUGGUGGUGGUAGCUAUGGUGGAGGCUACAGGGGAGGAAAUCAAGGCGGUGGCUACAGAGGUGGAAAUCAAGGCGGUGGCUACAGAGGUGGAAAUCAAGGCGGUGGCUACAGAGGUGGAAAUCGUGGAGGAUUCAGAGGUGGAUACCAAGGACAAAGUGGUGGCUUUGGAGGAGGAGGUGGUUUCAGGGGUCAGUCACGUGGAGGAUUCUAAAGACUUUUAAGUUGCAAAUUUCAUUUCACCAGUGGAAGGUUUUGUGCUCGUUGCUGCUGUUGAAGGCAGUAGACAUGUCCUUUGUAAAAGUAGUGUUCCAAUUGUUUUUUUUUUUUUUUUUGUAUUUUAUGGUUUCACUGUAUCCAGUAAAAGAAAUUACAAACUUAUUUGAUUUUAAAUAAAUCCUAAAUUUAAAUAUU